AUGGAUUGCACUAGGGUUCUACACUCUCUCCACGAUCGUUUGGCCAACCUCGAGGCCAAAGCAAAUGGCGAAGCAAAGCCCGAAUCAUCGACAGAAAAUAUCACAGUUAGUACAGGCUUCGUCGAAAGUUUGCCGUUGGGACAAUCUCCUCCGGCAUUCAACGUUGGCCCUUUCCCUUCUCCAUCUCAGCAAUGCACCACGGACUCGAUACUCGUACCAGAACGGAUCCUCCCACAUCCCUCAACUAGUUUAUCCACCACGUACGCGAGCGAAGAUACCAGUCCAAAGAUUAGUAGCCUACCGUCGGGCCAGGACCUUGGUGAUAUAAGUGCCAUGGGCAUGGCUCUCCCAAAAACAGAGGCGUCGACUCAUAUUCCCAGGGAGUUCUAUGGGGAGCCGUCAGCAGCCUCACUGCUUUACGAUAUGUUGCAUCGUGAUCGACGACCAUCCGCGCCAGGAGAUUCCAAGCAAGACUCUGCUCUUCAUCCGUCCUCACCAUCAACACGGCGCAGCUUCUCGCUUUCUUGUUCCUCAAAUACAGAUGAGUAUCAUCUCCCACCACGUCAUGUGGCUGACAAUCUCCUGUGCAUAUAUCGAGAGAGGGUGCAGACCAUCUACCCAUUUUUGCAUUGGCAGACUCUGAUGGAGGCAUAUAACCGUCUUUGGCUCAGUGAUUCUGAGAUCAAGAACAUGCCUCGCCUCACAGGAGUUGGACUUGGUGGUUCGCAAUGUCCAGUUCCUGUAUUCUACUGCGCACUCAAUGCAAUCUUUGCCCUCGCCACUCAGUUCACUGACGGCUCAGCCCACGACCGCAAGGAGAGGACCGCUCCUUUUCUUCGGCGCUCCAAGCAUCUUAUGCAUCUUGAUUUCUUGGAUAAUGCUAACAUUUCCUUGAUUCAAGCACUGUUGAUAUUCGCAAGGUAUCUUCAGAGCACAAAUCUCCCUAGCCGUUGCUGGAAUGUGGCCGGUAUGGCGUAUCGCAUGGCUCAGAGCUUGGGCCUGCAUUUAGCAAUGAACGAGACAGGUACUUCUGAGUUGGAACGAGAGGUCAGGCGGCGCGUGUGGCACAGCUGCGUAUCUCUAGACACUGUCUUGGGUAUGCUAACCGGUCGACCGAUCUCAUACUCAAUGGCAUCGACGGUUCCCCUCCCCUCAAUAUCAGACGAGAAGUUCUCUACACAGAAUCUUGCUAGCUGUGACGGUAAUAAGAACGACGUUCCGGCAGCAACCUUCUUCGCAGAAUCCAUCAAACUCAGCCAUAUUCUCCGUCAGAUUCUCGGUCAUAUAUAUGACCCCUGGAAAAAGCCUGAAGUCGAGAAGGGAAUUGGCUUCGAUGAGCGUAAACGCUAUAGGAAGCAUGUUUCUAGUACUAUGGCGUUUGACGAUGAGCUAAGCCGCUUCGAGGCUGAAUUGCCAGAAGUGCUUCGUUUGCCAAACGAUGCAACAAAGACUCAUAUCGGGAGCAUACUUGCGCAGCAAAGACACGUUUUGCGAUCUAGAUUCCUGCACAUACGGUUACUAUUAUAUCGUUCUUUCCUGGUUGAAUUCUGUCAGCGAGCUGAUCCCCAAACAAAUGUCAGCUGGGCAGGUGAGCCCGGAACGUUCUCGUCUCAGCCAUACAACGCAUUCAUCGAGAAGUGCUGUACUGUCUGUAUUGAAACUGCGCAGACUCUCAUAGACCAUUUCAGUCAGACCACAACUCACCCCGGAUCACCGUGGUAUAGCUGUUACUAUGUUUACCAUGCUGCGAUAAUUGUGGUCGCGGCAGAUAAUCAUUCUUCGCAGCUGAACCACCUGAACCACAAAAACCUUCAAGAAUCAUGGCGGGCUUGUGAGAGUUUCUUUUGCCGAAUGUCCCGGCAUAACCCGGACAUGUAUCGCUACUUUCACUUGCUGGAACGCCUUUCAGGUUUCAAGGAACCUCCUCACGUCACCAGUUCUCUCACCCCAAGCUCUUCAGCGUCGUCAAGUGACUCUAGCAUCCCCAAGACGUCAGAUAGGACAGGCAACCUGGGGCGGCUAGAGUCCCAGACAAUUGAAGAGAUGAUUGAGCACCAUAUGACAGAUUCAUACCCAGAGCCAGAUAUGUCUCUUGGGUCAGGAAACGAUUGGUGCUCUCCGUUUAACCAGUCUAGCAACGCGGGGCUUGGAACAUUACUGUGCGACGACCAGCUUUGGACUCUUACCGAGUUCUGCAUAAUGGAUGCUGGAAGCAUAUCCAUAUAA